UCGUGCGGGGCGCGUUGAUGACAUUUGCUCAUUUUAUGUUAAACUUUUCUCUAGAAGUAGUAAAGCAAGAAGUUUAGCAGUUUUUUACUCAAAGAGCUAUAAACCGAGUAGUAUGCACAUAGUUUUGGUUAAGGAGUUAAGUUGUAACAUAAACGAAUCUGAAGCUUUAUUGCUGAACAGUGAGUGUCAAGCGCAAUGAAGGACGAGUUUGCUGAAGACGAUGAUGUCCAAUCAUUUGGAUACAGGAGGUUUGGUUUCCAAGAUGGAACUCAAUGUACCAAGUAUAAGAGUGACUUCGUGGCUUUGAAGACUGCCAUCGGUCUUCUCUACCUUCUUUGUGCCCUUCUUACCGUUGCUGUAGCUGUAAUGGGUUACAAAGUGGUUCAGAGGGUGGAUGAUGUUACCCAGGGAUAUUACGGCUAUGAAGGAAAAAUUGGUGCUAUGGAGACGGAUGUUAAAAACAUAGAUAAUGACGCUGGUGAAAAGUUAAGAAAUGCAUCCAGUGAGUUGCAGGUGUUUCGUACUGGGUUGUCUGCGCUGUGUCAGAAGCUAGCUGCCAUCUCCAACCAUGUCAGCAGCAAUGCUGCGAUCCUGCAGCAGCUCAGAACAUCCUCACAAAAUGUGCUCACUCAGCAGGGAUAUCUGCGUACACAGAUGAACGCCCACACCAGUGCCCUGCGCUCCGCUAAUGCCACUCUUCUAUCAGCAGCUGCAAAGCUGCCUGCGCUGCAGCAGACUACAGCACAGCUUCAGCAUGACCUACAAUCACACAUCAACACACAGCGCACGCUUAAAUUCACCACAGACCGGCUUAAACUUACUCACACGACGCAGGACACCACCACAACAGUAAUGCAGCGUACUCUGGAAACGGUAGUGGAGAACACACAGGGCAUACGGCGGGACCAGCUAGGUUUGCAGCGGGACACGCAGCUGGUAAGCAGCAAUGAAGACUGGAUUCGGGAAAAGAUCCAGACUCUGGAAAAGACAGAGUUUACUGCUUCUACUCAGGUUUUGGCCACUGCACAAGGACUGGAUGAGGUGAACAAUCAGCUGGUUAACAUUUUAAAUCAAAUUCUUAAUAUCAGCGCACUCGGCGAUGCUAAUGCAGCCAGCUUGCGGGACUUGCUGGAGCAGCAGCGGGACUAUGGUGGUCGGACAAGCGGCCGCUUUGACAGAAUGGAGGAGCGUCUUGAUGCAGCAGAACUGGAGGUUGACAUGGUGACUGGGAAUCUGAGCUAUACAACAUGGAUGCUAGGGGGUGUAAAUAACAGGCUUGUUGCACUGCGGAGUUGCUCGGAUACAGUGGGGCGGCAUUCAGACCUUCUGGUUUAUCUGAACAGAAGUCUGGCUGAAGCACAGGCAGAUGAGUCUGCUCUAAAGUCCCAGCAGGAGGAUCUGUCUAACCGAUUGGGCAAGGAGGUCAGCAGUCUUUCCAUUAUCAUGGAAGAGAUGAAGCUGGUGGACAGCAAGCACUCACAGCUUAUCACCAACUUUACAGUAUUGCAGGGCCCUCCUGGUCCAAGAGGUCCCCGUGGUGAAAAAGGCCCAGCUGGCCCAGUUGGUCCAACUGGUCAGAAGGGAGAGAGAGGUGAUAAUGGACAGACCGGUGUUCCCGGCCCUCGAGGUGAAAACGGAACCCUUGGUUUUGUCGGAAUGACAGGACAUACAGGCAUGCAAGGGUCUCGUGGAAGCCUGGGAUCAAAAGGCCCACGGGGCUCCGGAGGCCGUGCAGGACCCCAGGGCACUAAAGGAGAGCCAGGCACUUCUGGCCUACCAGGUAGAGAUGGACUGCCUGGUCCCCAGGGUGCUCCAGGUAUAGUUGGUGAUUAUGGACCAGUCGGCCCUGAGGGAGAAUCAGGACAAAGAGGACCACCCGGGUCUGUUGGACCGCCAGGGUUACCAGGUCCUCCAGGCAGAGCAAGACAAGUUUCAAUGGCAUAAACACUAGAAAAAAUGGUUAUAGACUCAAAUGGUGAGACGCAAUUGGCAUGACCUCAAGAAAUUGUUUGUCAACCAUUUCAAAACAUAAAGAAAAAACUGAAUUGAGGAUGUUACCUCUAAAAUAUCUAAUGGAUCAAUACAUAAGCUAUCUGUCCCUUUCUGUGCUGUGUUUGAAACUUACUAAAACUUACUGUGCUGUGUUUGAAAUUUAC